AUUUUAACCUUGCGUGUCUGUGUGGAGGAAGUGGUACUCUGGAGAGCGCAAGAAACAUCUGACAAGAAACAGCUUUUUAUUUCAGUUUAUUGGAGAUGAAAGAGGGAAAAAAAUGCCCCGAUAUUAUGCGCUGGGAUCUGGAUUCAAAGCGAUGCAUUUCGUGCCCCAUAUCCCCAGGGUUUGAAGUAACACGUCAUUGUGGCUAUGACGACGAUGGCAAUUCGAACCACUCUCCUAAAACACAGUGUAAACCGGAGACAUUCAAUGACGGUAGCGGUGCGUUUUGUAAACCCUGUUCCAAAUGCGCUCCUGGACACCUGGACAAACCCUGCACCACAACUGCCGAUACCAUUUGCUUUGACCCCGGAACCAAGUCGACCAGAGUUCCUGCUACAACACCAGUGCCUACUCUGCACGUUUCCGCUUCACCCAGCAGCAAGACCCACGGAAUCACAAUUUCCACCCGAGGGCGAGAAACACAAGUCUCCAAUGUAUCUCUGGUACCAUGGGUAUUACCGUUAGCCAUCCUACUUUCCAUCGCGCUUGCUGCCUUAUUGGCUUUCAUAGUCAAUAUGAAACGGAAAAGAGGUCAGCAUAGACCAAUUGGGGAUAGCAGAAGAUCAUCUUAUGACAAUCCAGGCUUCACUGCUCUUUCUGCUCCAGCUGGUGACAACGUCCUUGAGGACAUUAUCAAUCAGAACAUCCUGUCAGCACCUCUGCAGACAGUGCUGGACAACUUGGACGUUCUGGAGGAGUUGGUGAUUCUGUUGGACCCGGAGAGCCCAGGAAUAAAGAACACGAAACAUCUUGCGUCGCUCUGCUCCUUCCCCUCCACCUGGACCACUUACGCGUACUCCAUGAAGGAGAGUAAGAGCCCCCUGAAAGCGCUGCUGGAGGGGGUCACCAGCAGGAACCCUGACUGGACUGUAGGUCACCUGGCGAAGCUGCUCAGACACAUGGAGCGCAACGACGCCAUCGCUGCUCUUUCUAAAAUCAGAUUGAAUGUGAUUGGCGUAUAGUAGGUGUUUCACCUGACUGCUAGAAGAAAUUGAAGUAUUAUAUCUUUUUUUCUGAAGUGUAAGGCGGUGCUUUGCGCAUCGGGGCUGCAUAAUGUAUCAUUCCAGUAUCUCGUAUUAUCACAAUGUGAAUUAAGGCAAAUUUGCACUACUUAAUAUGUUCGCUUCAGACCUGUCACUUUUUCGUAAAAGCUGCAACGACAGUCGAUCGAGGCCGGGCCUGGUGAUGUUAUAUAUAUAUAUAUCACAUAUCAAGUCAUAACUGCAUGCAUUCACUUUAAUGCAUGCACAAGUGAUGUUCUUUGACAUCGUUUAUUUUCUUCAUAUUUAAGCACCAAUAUCCAAAAACUUAAUUUGCUAAUUUUUUUCUUUUCUUUUUCUGCUGCUUGAUACAAAUCUACAGAAGAUUCAUUUCAUGUUAAAGGGCUUUGGAUGGACUGAGUUUGCUGUCUGGCAUGUAAACUCCCACACUUGCUCAGCAAAAUGAGAAACAGGAGGGAAUUCCUGAAAAGCAAAAGCAAGAUAAAAAAAACAACAACAAUGUCAGCUGUUUGGAAAUAUUUUGGCAUCAGAUAACAUGAUGUUGACUAAGUCUGCGGGCUCUCCGUCAGCAGUGUCUUGCAAUAAAGUAAAGGAACGCAACAAAGUCAUCGGCACAAGGCCGAACUCCAAAGCAAGUAGUGCUUUGGAUAUUUAGCCAGUGUUGCCCCAUAUCAGGAAGGUCUUUGCGUCUUUAGUUAGCUUUUUUUUU